GUCAUGAGAUAUGACAAUCAGAGCGUCUGCUUGGAUGACCCGCACUCCUCAAACUUACAAAAUGUAAUGAAUUCAGAACAAAAUGUGACAAGCGUCCCCGCUUAUGAUAUUUAGCUAACAUAUAUUAACCGCGCAUCGCAUGAUCGAUCCCUGUGGCGUGGCUGCCUUGACCCGGCAGUGAGAGUGACAUUUCCUUCUAUAAUACGCUAAAUUCUAAUCGUCUGUCCGAGGAACACUUUAUUCCAGGCACGACCUACCAUUUGCAUUCGAUUUGAUAACAACGCUGAGAUAAGACAUACAACCAAGUCAUUCAUCCAACCGGGAGGCCUGCAGUAUACUACCUGUCAAUUUCUUUCAAUGAAGCGGGGUUUAAUUUAUUCUUUUGAUCAAGAGUUACCUCUAUGUAUUUAGCACGCUUGUUUGCUAAUCCCAGUGUCGAUGACAAGACACAGACGGAAAGAAUACCUUGACAUGCCGGCUAUUGUAACACUAUCCCUUAUCUCUUAGAAAUAACGAUGGUUGAUAUUUUGUUUUAAUAUAUCGUCAUCCAUGUCUUUACAUACUACAACAAUGAUAUGUUGCAUCUGCAAUCACAAGUUUUAAUAAUAUCGCUAUAAUGGAAGGCAACAUACUUCAUAUAGAUUACCUUAGUCUUUUCCUUUAGAUCGUGUUUCAAACGUAGUGACACCUGUCGGAAGGAGGAUGGAGGAAACAGGCCUCUCUCCAAUUAGGAAACAAUUACAAUCUCUAUAACACGUUGAAUAACCUAAUCAAUGUUUUGUGAGCCACACUUGUCGGAAAUGUAUUUGGAAAUGUGUUGUAUGAGUUGAUGUCCAACUUUGGAAAAGCGAUGCACGUGGUGCUUUCAACUGUUGUGCUGCUAUUGGAUAUAAUAGGAUACUUUCAAUCUGACGGACGAGCAAUCAUGGUGGAGCCCCCCCACAGGUCAAGUCUGUGGCGAUUCCGUUACCCGACCCAUGUCAACACAGAAGAUGACCUACUCAACUGUGGCGGAUUCGAUGUGCAAUGGUUUCAGAAUGGCGGGCGUUGCGGGGUUUGUGGAGACCCAGCUUCUGGACCACAGGAACAUGACGAUAAUGGUCAUUACGCCAGUGGUAUCACGGUCCGCUCCUACAAUCAAGGGGGAUCUGUAAAUGUCACAGUGGAAGUACUCAGCAACCUUCUGGGUUAUUUUGAAUUCCGACUUUGUCCUCGUAAUAGUACCAGCUUCAAACUAACACAGGAAUGCUUCGAACGGAACGUGUUGUGGAUAGAGGAGUCCUGGAGUACACGGUUCUAUGCGGGCAGUCGUGGUGGAAUUUACGAUCUUCACGUUAAAUUGCCCUCCAACAUUGCAUGUACUCACUGCGUGUUCCAAUGGAAAUACAGCACAGGGUACAGGAUGGGCGGUAUUAACAUGUGUGAGUGUAUGGGAUGUGGAAAACAAGAGCAAAUCUACAACUGCGCUGAUGUAGAAAUUACUCCGAACCCAGGUACAGCUACAUCACAGCCGUUUGGAUUCAUACCCGUCAAACCUAAUCCUACGUUCCUAUCCUCGCCUGAAAACCAGUCCUACAUAUUACGUCAGAGACUUCGAGAACAGUUGCCCGUGUUCCCCUGGCCUAAUGGACUGCUUAUCCCGCACAACAUGAUGGAACCCUCCUCCACGUCCAGACGGUCUGACCAUGCGCAACACAAAGACACAGCCGGACAUACAGGUGUGAUAAACAGAAUGUUGUUGAGUGAAUUACAUAAUAACGCACCUUUACCGUAUAUAAAAGGUAUAGACCCGGCUAGGAUUUUACCCGGUAUACUGCCGUCGAUAAACUUUACUGCUACAUUUAAUCCGCAAGGAAAUUCGACCAGAAGGUCAUCAUUUAACCAUAUAAUCCAAUCCAAUACACGUCAUCAAAUGAAAUCCACGCCACCUGUUGUUAAACCCUUACCAACAACCACUCCAGUGAAGCAUGUCCUGGAUUUUAAAAAGUGGAAUUUUACAGAGUAUUCACCGCGACCAUCAAAAUACAAUAUUAGUCCCACUGACAAGAAAAUCAACAACACCGGAUAUGCUUCCGGCGAUUCCAUCCUUUAUCCGCUGUUUACACCCGCUGAACAAAGUAGUCCUGCUCUUUCUUUGAGAAAUAAAUCAUGUGACAUAUUGUCGUCGAAUUUUAAGUGUAAAGGGAAUGGACAGCACUCAAAUACGCCUGAUAUUGAGGAAUGGUGUUUGGUGAACUGCCGGGCCGGAAACUGUGUUAAGGAUAUAUGUUUAUGUGGCUGUGGGGUUCUACAUGAUCCACAGCGUCAUUUCUGCCAUGGUAUCGGAGUGUUCGCUAGUAUUCCGGGGAUGGACAUGUGGUGCCGGACUGUAUGUGACCAACAGAAAUGUCCUGCUAAUAUAUGUGAUGUCCAAACCUGUCUCAAACAAGGUUGACAUUAAUUUCUGUUUUGUACUGUGGUGACCUGUAAGAUGGAUCUUAUAUGUGCAACAGUCUUUAGUGCUCUCUAUGAGUUUUAUGGUAAUUCGAAUAAUUAUAUGAUUCAAUGGCAUUUAAAAUGUCACAGAGAAAGAAUGCGUUCUAGGAAAUGAGUUAUCGCUAUACUUUGGGCAUCACGGUAAAUCUAAGUAAAGGUCAAUUAGCUGUAUUUUAAUAAACAGGUGCUUUAAAAGUUACCUGACAGGCAUAUAAUAGAACAGUGUAUAUUCUAAAUACACAUGUACAGCAUUAAUAUAACACGCUGGCUUUUAACCAGAAUAACAUUUAAUAUCACACAAACAUAUGUACCCAAAGUAUUUAAUAUCACCCACACGUUAUAUCUAAUAUCACACACACGUUUGUACCCAAAAUAACAUUUAAUAUCACACACACGUUUGUACCCAAAAUAGCAUGCAAUAUCAUACACACGUUUGUACCCAAAAUAGCAUGCAAUAUCAUACACACGUUUGUACCCAAAAUAACAUUUAAUAUUACACACACACGUUUGUACCCAAAAUAACUUGCAAAAUCAUGCACACGUUUGUACCCAAAAUAAUAUUUGAUAUCACACACACUUUUGUACCUAAAAUAACAUUUAAUAUUAUACACACGUUUGUACUCAAAAUAGCAUGCAAUAUCAUACACACGUUUGUACCUAAAAUAGCAUUUGAUAUUACACACACACGUUUGUACCCAAAAUAACAUUUAAUAUCAUACACACGUUUGUACCUAAAAUAAUAUUUGAUAUCACACACACGUUAGUACCUAAAAUAACAUUUAAUAUUAUACACACGUUUGUACCCAAAAUAACAUUUAAUAUUAUACACACGUUAGUACCCUAAAAUAACAUUUAAUAUUAUACACACGUUAGUACCUAAAAUAGCAUUUAAUAUUAUACACACGUUAGUACCUAAAAUAACAUUUAAUAUUAUACACACGUUUGUACCUAAAAUAGCAUUUAAUAUUAUACACACGUUUGUACCUAAAAUAGCAUUUAAUAUUAUACACACGUUAGUACCUAAAAUAACAUUUAAUAUCACGCACGUUUGUACCCCAUUAAUUAAAUAACAUUUAACAUUGCACAUAGCUGGUUACCCAAAAGUGACGAAUAUAGGGAAAAUAGUAUCUCACUCUAGGGACAAAUUACAGUGCUUUAAAAACAAUUUAACUUAGUUAGGGUUUAAGUGAAGCUCUUUUUUAGUAUAUGUGAAUGAUAAGUGAAGUGAUGUAUCGAAGUGUUAUUUGUUUAUCUACUAUUUACCUUUUAAUACUUGACUCAUUAGAAUCUUUCAAACUUCAGUGCAACCUCAGAGAUAAAGUGUAAACAUUAAUUAACAGCUGUUCUUGUGAGACUAGAGGUGAUUUCAUGACGGAGUAUAACUGUACACGCGUAUGACAUCAUCCUACAUAUAAAUGAACCAUCAGAUUGUCAGGUGUUCGUGAGAGAAGUAAACCUUCUACACUAACUGAACCAGCAUUUGUUAGCCAGUCCAAAUAUAUGCACUACGCACCAAAUAUUCAUUAUGACAUCCAUCAUAUUUGAUAGCUGGCUAUACGCCCAGAUCUAUAGCUACUAAUCACUGUCUUCACUUGUUAGGUUUGGACUUUUAUUAAAAUUUAAACCUGAAAAGAUUCCACGUAUUGAAACUCAACAAGAACACUCCGCUCCUAAUACAUACAUUACAAAUACAUCUUUUAGGGACAAAGUGAAUUAAGUUGAAUAUAAGAAAAUUGUAUUAGUAAGGUGACUUUAGUAGGUCCUUAAAUCAUAAAAUAAAAUGAAUCCCCAAGUACAGUGAAUCAGUAAACACACGAGGAACACACCAUAUUACCUGUCCCCAAGUACAGUGAAAAAGUAAACACACGAGGAACACGCCACUUUUCCUGUCCCCAAGUACAGUGAAAAAGUAAACACACGAGGAACACGCCACCUUUCUUGUCCCCAAGUACAGUGAAACAGUAAACACACCAGAACACACCAGCUUUCAUGUCCCCAAGUACAAUGAAAUAGUCAACACACCACAUUACCUGUCCCCAAGUACAGUGAAACAGUAAACACAGGAAGAACACGCCAUAUUUCCUGUCCCCAAGUACAGUGAAACAGUAAACACACCAGGAACACGCCACCUUUCUUGUCCCAAAGUACAGUGAAACAGUAAACACAUCAGAACACGCCAGCUUUCCUGUCCCCAAGUACAGUGAAAUAGUAAACACACCACAUUACCGGUCCCCAAGUACAGUGAAACAGUAAACACACGAGGAACACGCCACCUUUCUUGUCCCCAAGUAUAGUGAAAUAGUAAACACAUCAGGAACACUCCACAUUACCUGUCCCCAAGUACAGUGAAUCAGUAAACACACGAGGAACACGCCAUAUUUCCUGUCCCCAAGUACAGUGAAACAGUAAACACACCACAUUACCUGUCCCCAAGUACAGUGAAACAGUAACACACCAAGAACACGCCACUUUUCCUGUCCCCAAGUACAGUGAAACAGUAAACACACGAAGAACACGCCACCUUUCUUGUCCCCAAGUACAGUGAAACAGUAAACACACGAAAAACACGCCACCUUUCCUGUCCUCAAGUACAGUGAAACAGUAAACACAUCAGGAACACGCCACAUUACCUGUCCCCAAGUACAGUGAAACAGUAAACACACCAUAUUGCCUGUCCCCAAGUACAGUGAAACUGUAAACACACGAAGAACACGCCAUAUUUCCUGUCCCCAAGUACAGUGAAACAGUAAACACAUGAGGAACACGCCAUAUGUCCUGUCCCCAAGUACAGUGAAACAGUAAACACACGAGGAACACACCAUAUUACCUGUCCCCAGGUACAGUGAAACAGUGAACACACGAGGAACACGCCACAUUACCUGUCCCCAAGUACAGUGAAACAGUAAAUACACCAAGAACACGCCACAUUACCUGUCCCCAAGUACAAUGAAACAGUAAACACACCACAUUACCUGUCCCCAAGUACAGUGAAACAGUAAACACACGAGGAACACGCCACAUUACCUGUCCCCAAGUACAGUGAAACAGUAAACACAUCAAGAACACGCCAUAUUUCCUGCCCCCAAGUACAGUGAAACAGUAAACACACCAGGAACACGCCACAUUCGCUGUCCCCAAGUACAUUGAAACAGUAAACACACCAGGAACACGCCACAUUCGCUGUCCCCAAGUACAUUGAAACAGUAAACACACCAGGAACACGCCACAUUCGCUGUCCCCAAGUACAUUGAAACAGUAAACACACGAAGACUGCCAUGUUUCCUGUCCCCAAGUACAGUGAAACAGUAAACACACCACAUUACCUGUACCCAAGUACAGUGAAACAGUUAACACACCACAUUACCUGUCCCCAAGUACAGUGAAACAGUAAACACACGAGGAACACGCCAUAUUUCCUGUCACACGAAUACACCACCUUUCUUGUCCCAGAGAAAUUCCAUAAAAAGAGUGUGUUUGUUGCUUAUCUUCACUUGGCAAUUUGGCAAUAUUCAUGUUCAUUAGUACCUGCAUCAGCAUUUGUAAGAGUUAUGAAUGUUUGUAUAAUAGUGUGCGUGUUGGCGUCCUACGACUUUAUGUAGCGUUUGUAUCUACAGCUUUAUUUAUUUAUUAGGUAACUGUUACUAUAUAAUAGUACUGUUUACUGCACGUAGUGUCUUUAAGCUCAAUUGUCUUUAGUUAACAAUUAAAUUAUGUAAAUAUAAUAUUGAAACAGCGUGUAACUAAAAGACGGAAUAGAACUUUUUGUCAUCAGCGAUACAACUUAGCACUAAUGUUCUCAAAAGCCAGACAUUUCUUUAACAUAAUGGAGUUUCAAAAUAACCGUUUGGGUUUGAAAUGAGCAUUUUGGAAUAAUUAUCAAGAUAUUUUUUUCUAUAAUUGUAUGAAUUAAUCAAAUUAAUAAAGUAUUGUUUUAAUUA